AUGACAAAGGAAAAUAACUCUUUGACAACAGAAUUCAUCUUGGUGGGAUUCUCAGAUCACCGAUUUCUGAAGACCCUUCUGUUCCUGAUGUUCCUUGCAAUCUAUCUGGUCACCAUGGUGGGAAAUCUCGGGCUGGUGGUCUUGAUCUACAUGGAACGCCGUCUUCACACACCCAUGUACAUCUUUCUUGGCAACCUGGCUCUCAUGGAUUCUUGCUGCUCCUGCACCAUCACGCCCAAGAUGUUACAGAACUUCUUUUCUGUGGACAGAAGGAUUUCCCUCUAUGAAUGCAUAACCCAGUUUUAUUUUCUUUGUUUUGCUGAAACUGCAGACUGCUUCCUUCUGGCAGCAAUGGCCUAUGACCGCUAUGUGGCCAUAUGCAACCCACUGCAGUACCACACCACGAUGUCCAAGAAGCUCUCCAUUCAGAUGAGUAUAGCCACCUUCAUAGCUAGCAACUUGCAUUCCAUGAUUCAGACCGGCUGCCUGUUAAGAUUAAAUUUUUGUAAUUCAAAUCGUAUUAAUCACUUCUUCUGUGAUAUUCUUCCACUAUUUAGGCUGUCCUGUACAGACCCUUUUAUUAAUGAACUAAUGAUAUAUAUUUUUUCAAUGCCAAUUCAAGUCUUUACCAUUACCACUAUCUUGGUCUCUUACUUUUGCAUUCUUUUCACUAUUUUCAAGAUGAAAUCCAAGGAUGGGAGAGGAAAAGCAUUUUCUACGUGUGCAUCCCAUUUUCUUUCUGUGUCAAUAUUUUACAUCUGCCUUCUUACAUAUAUUGGGCCUUCUGAAGAUGGUAAUAAAGACAUUCCAGUGGCUGUAUUUUAUACAUUAAUAAUUCCUUUGUUAAACCCUUUUAUUUACAGCCUGAGAAACAAGGAGGUUUUAAAUGCGUUUAAGAAAGUUAUGAAGAUUUAUAUUUUUAAAAAAUCUUCAGCAUCUGCCAAACACAUUAAUGGCAUAUCAUUAAAUUAA